AUGUGGGGUAAUAUUUCCGCCGAACACGUAUCUCCCGAGCUGGUUGUGGGGCAGUCAGUCAGAGCAUAUAGAUCCUGGCACUUGAAAUUGCAUUCAUCCUGGCAAGAAAGGAAAGGGCCGGAGCCCGGUUGGGGCAGGGGAGACUUUAAUCCGGGGGUCCGCAGGACUAGGGACAAUGGUCUUCUCGGGCAGAGUACCUCUGGAAUAUCAGUGUGGGACGAACAGUCGAUCUCGGCUAUCGCGUUAUUCUCGAGAAGAUCGAGAAGCUUUCAGAGAGGUCUUGUGACUUUUUGGGGGCUUCAAGAGCUAGUACAUACAAUUAAAGGUGUCGCGUCGGUCACGAGCUCCGGAUUGACAGGGGACAAGCAAGUGAUCGAUACUUAUGCGGAUUGCCGCAAAAGAAAUAUGUGCGGGGAAGAGGCUCUGCUCUGCGACAAUGCGACCCUCGAAUCCCAGCAAGGCGACUCCUGCAGAGUUUUAUGGAUUGAUGUGCUUUGCGGAAAUGCAGUUUGGUACCAAACCACCUCAACUACAUACUUCAUGAACUCUGGCUCUAUGCACUGUCAGAGUAGUUUCUACGAAGACGUAAGAGACUUCGCUGUAAACCGAUCAUCAUUCACCAUCGACUCAAACUUAGACACAACUUCUGACCCUUUUCAUCUGCUCCCAUCUCGCCUGGAGCUCGCCUUACCUCAGGAGGCUUCGCACGCAGGACAAUAA